AUGGUCGCGCAUGGCAACAAGCCCCGAACGCCGCAUUUCGGAUGCCCGGAGGCUCCGAAACUCACAGGUCCUUCUACAAGUGAGGAGGCGGCGGCGGCCGCGGGGCGCACGCCUCCCGCCUCCCCGCCGCCCCCGGGACCGCUGACACGCGUGUCGCGGCCGCACCCGCAGCCCCCUCCCCGCCCCCUCUCCACCCGCGAGGCGGGCACGGCGGAGCGCCCGGCGGCUCCCCGCGGCCUGCGCUCGCGGCGCCGACCCCGCGCCCCGGCCCGCACCUGGUGGCCGAGCGGCGGCGGCAGCCCCCGCCCCGCCCCGCCCCGUCCCGCCCCACCUAGCCCCGGGGAGGCCGGGAGGGGGCCACGCGCGGGCGCUCCAUUGUGCGGCCGGCGGCUCGAGCUCGUCCCACCUGCCGGCGGCGGGGAGGGCCGGGGCCCCUCCGCACCUCCCUCUCGCGCAGCUCCCCCUCCGCCCACCCCCUACUGUCCCCGGCUGAACCGGGCGAGCCCGCCCCGCGCCCUCUUUCCCGUCCCUCAAGCUGGCAGAGCUCCGCCGCCUCCCCUCCCCCCGUCCUCCCUCCCACCGUGCGGCCGCCGCCCCUUCGCCGCUGCCCGCCGGAGCCGCAGACUUCCACCCCGAGCACAGGUCGCCGCCGCCGCCUCGUCCUGCCAUGAGCCCCCUCCCGCCGCAGCAGCAGCGCUGAGCGGGGAGCGCGGAGCCAUGCCGGGCUGGAAGAAGAACAUCCCCAUCUGCCUGCAAGCCGAGCCGGAGCGAGGUGAGUGCGGAGCGUCGGGGCCGGCAGCCGCCGCAAAGGAACCGGGGGAUGGGGGGUGGGAGAGAGGGCUGCCCAGCCACUGGGUGCCUCUCCAGCAAGCCCUGCUCGUCAGCGGGGCACGGCCGGGCGGCCCCGCGCCUUCCAUCUUGCUCCGCAACCGCGGCAGGAGCGGGGGGCGAGCGGGGCGGCGGGGGGAGGCCGGUAUCGUGGGCCGGGCUGGUGGGAACACACCAAACCCAGGCCUCCCGCCGCCGCCGCACCGGUAG